CAACGAUGGCCUGGACACUACAUUUACUCGUCGGAAUAACUGUUUGCGCGCUUAGCGGUCUUCAACUGGCAUGUGCAGCUCCUCAAAAAGAUGCAGACUCUGCCAUUACUACAUUAGUACAGGAUGUAAGCUCCAGAUCUGGAAAUGAUUCAAAUGUACCCGAUAAGUGCAAACACUUAAACUACUGUAACAUCAAACCUAAGGACUAUCCACAAGAAACAUUUAAUAAAAUGUUCCAUGGAAAGAUUACGGAGCCAAUAUUCCAGCCAAGGUCUGUUAUGGCGGAUGAUCGCCAAGAAGACUACGAAGAUCAGGACGAUUGCGAAGCAACAAUCUUGUUCGAGAGACUCUACCAAGUGAAAUCUAAUGAGGGUAAAUGGCAUACGGUCGUGCAAGCCCCUGAUGAGAACUACUUGCAGAUGGUGCGCAUAGAGACUUGCGUGGCACCGGGAAGUUCCUGCUUUAAAGAAUUUGAAAAUGGACAUGACGUAAUAUGCCAUCAGCAGUAUAACAAGUGGGAAUUCAUGGUUCAAGAUGAUACAUCUGAAUCUAAAACUAAGAGGCUCAUUGUCGACCUACCCGUUUGCUGCUCCUGUCGUUAUAAAGCUGCUGCAUAGACUC